AUGGAGCCAAAUCUCAAGGAUCGACUGGCUGAACUGCGACAGUAUCUCAAGGCGCUACCAUCCAACAUUCCCAUCCCAAAGGAAUCAAAGUAUAAUUUUUCCGACUUCAGCUUGGACGCCGAUUGGACUGCAGAAAUCGGAGAAGCUGCAGCUGUCAACCGAGAACUAGAGGUCAGGUUUGGAAGUCGUGCUGGUGGCCUGAAAAUCGUGGAGCGAGGGCCAGAGACAGAAGCUGUUGUGGAUGUUCUCGAAACUUGGAUCAAAAAAUAUCCAGGCGACAUUCUCUUAGAGAAGUGGGUCUAUGACACUCUCGAAGCUGCGCGAGGUCUCAUUCUUGCAGCCGGCAACACUUUGCCAGUCUUCGACGUGGAAGUAGAUUCUACGAAGCACAAGCCAGUCAAUGUCAAUAAUCAUCGACCCGAGAAAAGAAAGAAGCUGGAGCUUUUGGGGGCUCUGCCCCCGAACCCCCGUCAGUAA